UGAAUAAAUAAAUAAAAAUCUUAAAAAAAAAAAAAAACCAACUAAGCAAAGGACCCGAAGAGGCAUUUCUCCAAAGAAGAUACCCAAACGACCAGCAAGCACACGAAAAGAUGCUCAGCAUCAUCAGCCAUUAAGGAGAUGCAAAUCAAAAGCACCGUGAGAUCCCACUUCGCACCCAGUAGGAUGGCUGUAAUCAAAACCCAGCACAUAACAGGAGUUAGCAGGGAAGUGAAGAAAGUGGAACCGUCUAGCAUUGUCGGUGGGAAGGUAAAAGGGUGCAGUUGCUGUGGAAAGCGGGGUGGAGUUCCUCAGUAAGUUAAAUAUAUUAUGACCAUAAUUACCAGCAAUUCUACUCCUAGGUGUAAACCCAAAAGAAAUAGGGACUCAAACAAAUAACUGUGUGUGCGUGUUCUAGCAACACUAUUCACAACAGCUAAAAGGUGGGAAAACCCCAAAUGCCCCUCAACAGACAAAUGCAUAAGUAAAAUGUGUUCCAUCCAUACUGUGGAAUGCUAUUCAGCCAUUAAAAGGAAUGAAGAACUGAUACACGGUACAACGUGGAUGAACCUCAAAAAACAUUAGGCUCAGUGAAAGAAACGGACACACAAAGUCACAUAGAGUCUGCCUCCAUUUAUAUAAAAUGUCCAGAACAGGCAAAUCCAGAAACAGAAAGCAGAUCAGUGGUUGCCAGGGCUUGGGGGAGAGGGAGUGGGGAGUGACUGCUAAUGGGGAAUGGGGUCUCCUUUAAGGAUGAUGAAAAUGUUCCGGAACGAGACAGAGAUGCUGUUUGCACAACACUGUGUAUGUACUAAAUGCCACUGAAUUGUUCACUUCAGAAUGGUUUCUUUCAUGUCAUGUAAAUGUCACCUCAAUUUUUAAAAUUAAAAAUAAAUAAAUAAUAACAAAACAGGCCGUGGGAAGAACAAAGCCCAAUAGCAAAAGACAGGAGAGCCUCCUCAAGCGGGGGCCCUAAAAGGGCCUCGUCCAGGAGGCGACGUUUCUGCAAAGCCUGGAAAGAAGGUUGAACGGAAGGGAAAUCGCAGCCAGUUGCAAAGUCCGCAGGUAAGAGACCGAAUAUCAAAGUGAAUUAUUUAGAAAUUCGUUCAAGUUUCCUUUUUUUUUUUUUUAAACAAUGAAACAGGUGCGCUUAGGGCAGUGGGUGGUGUGGGGGUCGCUUUAACGAGUUUAGGGGCUUGUGGGGCUCCCUGGAUCCGGCCUCCGAGCCCUUGCGGCUCUUGGGGCGGCCUCUGUCCCUUCUUCGCCCCGCCCCGCGCCGGCCCCGCCCGGCCAGGAUCUGGAGGCCGGGAGGGGGCGCCCGCUGGGUCCCCGGAGGGAGGAGAAUACUUUGUCCCAAGUUUUCGCGGAGUUUCCUCGUCCCCACCGCGAUCCGCACACGAAUCCCUCUACGGUCCCCACCGCGAUCCGCACACGAAUCCCUCUACGGACACCCCUUGCCGUCCCGCCCUCUUCGGAACUCCUGGGAGCCCUUGGACGCCCGCCCAACUCCCCUGCCCCGUUAAAAUCUCUUCUAUUCCUCGACUGCCCCCCCCCUUACCCCGACCCGCAGACCCCCGCUAUGGCCCGGUCGUACGGCGGCCGGGUGCUGGCCGCGAUGACCCUGCUGGGCAUCCCCGCGGCCGUGCUGGCGGCGCUGGGAGCGCAGCUGCUGUUCCAGCUGCAGGCGGGCCGCGCGGAGCUGCGGGGACUGCGCGCCGACGGGCUCGGCCCCGAGCUGGGUGCCGGCCCCGGGCUGCCAGAGGACGCGGCCGGGGCGCUGCUGCCGCUGGCCGCCGCGCUCGCCGCGCUCGCCCUGGUGUUGGGCCUCACCUGCCUUCUGCUCGCCGCGCUCUGCGGCCACCUGGGCGCCGAGCUGGCGCGGGGGCCCGGCCCCGGCAGGUCUGACUGGUUUCUCUAUGACUGCCGCCUCCUCAGACAUGUGGCCCUUGGCCUUUUCUGCUGUGGGGUCUCUGUCUACUUAGCAGCAUUGUCCAUCUAUGCCCUGCUGCUCUUUGAGAUCGAGACAGGUGCAGCAGCCGCCUCCAUCCUUGGAGUGGGUGCUCUGGUCCUGGUGGCGGCGCUGACCCACACUCUGCUCCGAGCUGCCCGGGCCACCCGCCGCGGUCUCCAUGAACUGUCCCCGCCGCACGUUGAAGACGAUCCUGUCCACCCUGCUAGAGUCUCCAAGGCCAGCCCCGGGGCUCCACCCCAGCAGGGUACCCACCGCCGGACCCCCUACUCAUCCUUCCCAGAACCUGGGGGCCCCCUUAGACCCACGUUCGCUGCUACAGCACCUGUAGCCAUGGGGGGAGGCCGGGAGACCAGCCUGCCUUUAUCCUACAUGCACCGGACACUGUCAGUUGGCAGGGGGCACUGGGAAGGGGUGACCCACGAGAUGCGCAGCAUGCUAGGCCACCGGCCAGGGGGCUCAGGGAAGGACUCCACACUGGUGUGAACGCAGGGAUCAGGGAUAGAGACCUGGUGUCAGGCAGCAGGAAGAGGACUCUGUAAAGAUAGCCCAGGCUCAGCCACAGUAGCAGUAGGACUUGAUUUCUCAGCAUCCCUGGCUUGCGUCCUCAAGGUGGCUUCAUGGCACAAAAUGGCUGCCAGGGCUCCAGGCUUCACCUCCUCUCUCAGAGGGAAAGGCUGAGGCCAGGGGGUGCUCAGAACUUUCUGGAAAUCUUCCUGGGAGGCCUUGGGACUCUCCUGCUCAUACCUCACUGGCGAGAACAGAGUCACAUGACCACAUCUCUGGGCAGGGGAGGCUGGGAAAUGUAGCUGUCCAGAUGUUAGAGGCAGGAGGGGAGGGUCGGGCUUAAACAGUGGUUCUCUAAAUGUCUCCAUCCGUUUUACAGAUGAGGAAACCGAGGUCCAGAGAGGGGCAGUGACUCACCAGGAGUCCCAUGGCCAGUACUGAGCGUCAGAGUCAGGAUUCGAACCAGGGUUCUGUAACCCCCAUGCUGCUGACAGUACAAGUCUCAGACUCUGCGACUUCUUCCGGGCUGUGAGCAUUUGAAAUCUGUGUGUGCUGAGCUCAGAGUGGCCCAGGGCCACAGGGGCACCUGGAGGGCUGGACCCAACCUUCUGGCUGUGGGCCCCUGGCUGAGGGCUUUGCUGCUCUGUGUCUCAGUUUCCUCCUCUAUAAAAUGGGGACAUAAGUGGUUCCCCCCUCCUAGGGCUCCAUUCCAGGUGCCUGUGCACAGUUGGUCCUCAGUGCAUGUCCACCUGUGCUGUCGUCAGUCUGGGCCCCUGGUGGCAGGAAAAGGUGGGUUGAUGGCCACCUUCUGGGGCUCACGAAACUGCCAAGGCUUAGAGUGGAUAACUCAGAGCCCCAGGGAUCUCCAGAGGCCCUAGCCCCACUCCCAUCCCACACGACCCUCAAAUAAACU